UGGGGUGCGAAUUAGGGCAGGACCAGCCUGUGCAGUGCUGGCCACAGUUGUGCCCCUUAAUCCUGGCUGUGCUGAGAAAGGGCUCCCAGCCAGGCAGUCGUCAGAAGGUGGGUUAGGAUGGCUGAGGAAGAAGGCGACAUGGACGUGGAUGAAGGGGAUGUGUUUCUAGCAUUUGCGCGGGGUCCCACUCCUCCCAGGGGGCCCAUUCAGCAAGUCUUGGAUAAGAUCUUCUUUAUCUUCCUGGCCCUCUUUCUCACCCUGCUGAUGCUGGAGGCCGCUUACAAACUUCUCUGGCCACUACCAUGGGCGAAGUUUGGGGACUGGCUCUUGGGGACACCUCUGAAGGAGGAAGAGCUGGAGUUGUGACCACUUUUCCUGUAAACAUCGCGGUAAUUUACCUGCCACAGAGGUGAGAGAGGGGACAGGAGAGAAAUGGGGUUGUUUCUAGUUGUGAAUGGGGACAUACAGAAGACGUAGAGUCAGAAUCCUAAACUUCCAUCCUUGUUCUCUGAGGGAAAU